AUGGACGUGGAUGAAGACACAGCUGUUGCAACAUACAUUCUCGCCGAAACAGCAACAGCCACCUCGCCGUCCAGAAGUAGGGCGUCGUUGGCCUCCACUUCCACUUCCACUUCCACUCUCUCGGUCCCUGCCCAUGAAGAAGGCGACAGUGGCUUAUUUCACAGAGAAGAAGGCGACAGUGAGUCCAGAGCAUUUCACAGAGAAGGCAACAGUGAGUCAUUUUCCAGAGAAGAAGGAUACUAUGCAUACGAGCAACCGUUCGAUCCAGACUCCUACGAGAAGGAAGAGGAGCGGGACACGGACGCCAUAUUCCCCGGUGAGAUAUGGCAAGCUGAGUGGACGGAACUGAAGGCAUGGUGGGACAACGACACUUCUGAUCCCGAAUUUAUCGAAGUGGACGACUCUGACUCGGACUCGGUCGGUGAAACUUCCAACACUAAUACAAAUUCAUUCGUCGGCGCCGGCAGACAGAGACAGAGACAGGCCAGGGUCGUGCCGUUGGAUCGACAUGGCAUGCCUGACUUGCGCAAGUUGGCUAUUGUGAAUUGGCGUCUGGAGAGGCUUUCGAUGCAGGACCAGGACCAGGACCAGGACGAGGACGAGGACUAG